AUGCAACAAUCUUCACUUCUGAAAAAACGUGCAAAGAGAACUUUGGUGAUAGCCUCGCGAUCUAACGAUUUCAAAGAGAACUUAGCCACUACUAAGGAAGAACCCAAAGUUUUGGCCAAAAACAAAUCAUUUGGUAUUCCUUUUUCCCCAGAGAAAGAAGUUGUGGCAACUUCUUUACAGAAGCACACCUUGGUAUCAUCAAUAAAACCAAAAGUCAAGUUCUCACAUAGACUUUCUACAUCACCUCGAAAGUAUAAAUUGGCAAGCUCAGUUCUGGAAAACAUGUUUUCUGAUGCAGACUCAGAUGUUGAAGGAUGGAACCAUGAAUCGCAAAUGAAGACGCGAACUUCUCAGCAAAACCAAAAAUAUUCGACGAAGAUUGGUUUUCGAAGACCGUCACCUAAACCACUGGUGCCAUUAGAAAAAAGGAAUGACGCGUUCCGGAAUAAUUUUCGAAGGCCAUCGCCAAAGUCUAUUGUGUCGCUAGAUGAAAAAUCCAUUAAGGCCCGGAGCACGUUCCGAAGACCAUCACCAAAGCGAGUGAUUCCGAAGGAAAAUGAUACCAGUCAGCUGUCUCCUCACUUAAAUCUUGACAACGAGUCAAUGACGCCUCCGAGGAAUACAGAAUACUCACAUCAAAGAUUUUCAUUAGAAAACGAUUUUCUUGCCAAAGAAAUUUCUAAAAAACGUAAUGAUAAGAUAAAAUCUCAUGCAGUUAAUUCAUCGAUCGGAAUAAAACAGAGAAUCAAACAAACUUUGCAAUGUGAUAGCGAAGGUGAAGACGACGACAUUGAUGUCCAUAUUAAACCUAAUGCGUUCGACCAACGUGGAACCACUUCUUUAAACGAGAAAAGAUCAUCACUUAAUUUGAACUUAUCGGAUAAAUUAGGACGAUCGUCACCAUUAAGUAUUGAAUUUUUGAAUUGCAAAUCGGAUGAAACAUUAGAUGCGAGCAAAGAAGGAAAGAAAAAAAACAUAUCAAAGAUUGACGAAUUCUGGGGAAUUGGAAAGAAAAAAUUUGAUGUGUCAAAAGAAAUGCCAAAAUUUGCUAAGGAAACUACAAAAGGAUCAAGAAAAAGCACACCAAACAAAGCAUCGCUAAAAAAAUUUCAUGCCAUAAAACACAUUCAAGAUGAAGAAACUGUCGUGAAAACUCCUACCACAGAUAGCACUGGCAGUUCUUUUUCCGUGUCACCACCUUCGUUAAAGUUUAAUAGUUUUGAUGCGACAAAUAGAUCUCCAUUGGCUUCCAACGUCAUAGAGAUUAUUGAUGAUGACGUAGAAGAAAUAACAGAAAAUCACACUGGCAGGUUUAAAGCACCUUCGCCAACCAUGGAAAAGUAUGUCAAUUUACCAAAAGUUGAUUUUCUUUCUGAAGAGGAUACACCGGAACCAGUUAAGAAAGGCGAGCGAAAAUGCUGUCCGUACUGCAAUGAGAUACUUCCAACACCACUUCCACCAAGGAUAAAAGCUUAUUUAUCAAGCAUUGACUCCUCAUCAGAUUCACCAGGCCAUACGCCAUCCUUAUCAAUUCUCCUUAAUCGUUCAACAAACGUUGUGGAUCAAUUUGAAUUCUGUCGUCUUCACGAUGCGGAGUCUAAUAUUGUACCGGACGGGUUACGAAAAAAUUAUCCUUUGACUAUAGAUUUCGAUAAUUUACCUUUACGUAUUCAGAGUAUGUUCUCUGAGUUAAAAGAUGUUGCGACUGGAAAAAAGAAGAGUUUUUUCAGAGACGUGGCAAUGGAGGCAUACAAAGAACUGGGUAAAGCUAGGGCAAGAAAACCAACGAUACUGAUGGGAAGAUUUCAAAAGUUUCAGGGCUCGUCAGUUAUAUUUUCUACCCUUAUAUCUCUAUUCGUUGAUUCGAAAAUAUUAACAACGGAAAUGACCAGGCCACAAGAACCUUUAGAGUAUCUCGAUCAGGUGCUUGUUCCUGAGGUUGCUAUAAGAUUGAUAGUUCAAGAUCGCGGAGGUAUUACAUUUGAAGAAGCGAGGAGUGUAAUGGAAGAAAGUAUGGAAUUCGGAAUGUACAUACAUGAUAUAGAACGAGAAGAGGAUGAUUAUUACAAUUGA